AUGAUGUCAUUGCGAUCUCGGAGAAUCCAGAAGCGAUUAUGGACAAACUCAACAAAUUUCUUUGUUUUAAAGCCUGACUUGAUAAAAGAGCCAACCACAUAUCUUGGUGCAACAAUCUCAAAGCACAAAUUGGAUGGUGAUGAUUAUUUCACCUGGGCUAUUGGAUCUGAAGCGUACCUACAAGAGUCAUUACGAGUUGUCAAGAAACGAAUUGCGCCAAUGCAAUUGACUUUGAAGAAAAAGGUUUACUCUACUUUACCCACUGGAUACAAGCCGGAACUUGAUUCUACUCCUUUUGUCCAUGAUGAUACUGCUAUUUUCUACAUGCAACUCAUCGGUAUUCUGCGCUGGCUUGUGGAACUUGGUCGUAUCGAUGUCGCUGCCGAAGUGUCUAUGCUUUUGUCUUACAAUGCAAUGCCUCGUGAAGGUCAAUAA